UGAGGUGGAGGAGUAGAGUGCAGAUACAGGGUGAUAUUUCGGUGAUCUGUGCAGUGUAAGAGGGGAGCUGUGCACUGACACCCUGCACACUGGAGUCAUGUACGGAUGGGCUGACACUGUCUUCUGAUCAGGUUUGCACCCAUAUUUAAAAAAUGAGCCCCACACAGUGGGAUUUCCCUGUGGAACUAUGCUGUCGUCCGAUGGCCUUCGUGACUCUUACUGGACUAGAUGUGACAUACAAUGCCAUCCACAGAGCAAUUUGGGACGCAUUUUGUGCCAACAGAAGAGCAGACCGAGUGCCCAUCUCAUUUAAGGUCCUUCCUGGUGACCAUGAAUAUCCAAAAUGUAGGACAAAGAGAACAUCGUAUGAAUGGUACAUUCCUAAAGGCAUUCUGAAGACUGGAUGGAUGAAUAAACAUCUCACUCUGGUGCCUGCUUUGGUUGUUGUGUUUUAUGAACUGGAUUGGGACGAGGCCCAGUGGAAGGAGAAGCAAUUAGAAUGUUCAACCAGAGUAGAAAUUGUGAGGCAAAGCUUGCAAGGAAGAAAUACAAAGGUUGCUGUGGUUUUAAUUCAGAAGAAAACCCCAUUACCACCAGGUGAAGAUCUGGUUGCUUCAGAACGAGCUGCCUCUCUGUGCAAUGCCUGUGAUCUCUCGGGAAAAUCUCUCUUCGUGCUCCCACACACUGACCACUUGGUGGGCUACAUUAUUCGGUUAGAAAAUGCUUUUUAUGAACAUGCGCAGACCUAUUACUACACUGAAAUCAGAAGGAUAAAAUCCCAUAAGGAGUUCUUAAAUAAAACCACUCAUCAGCUGCUGUUUGUAAGGCAUCAGUUUAAGAUUGCUUUCUUCAGUGAACUGAAACAGGAUACGCAGAAUGCCUUGAAGAAUUACCGGACAGCCUAUAAUCUGGUUCAUGAACUGAGGGCUCAUGAAACAAACAUGUUGGAGAUAAAAACUAUGGCUGGCUUCAUCAACUAUAAGAUCUGCCGCCUGUGUUUCCAGCACAACACCCCUCUAGAUGCCAUUGCUCAGUUCAGAAAGCACAUCGAUUUGUGCAAGAAGAAGAUAGGCAGUGCUGAGCUGUCCUUUGAGCAUGCUGCCUGGAUGUCUAAACAGUUCCAGGCUUUUGGAGAUUUGUUUGAUGAAGCUAUAAAGUUGGGACUGACUGCCAUUCAGACCCAAAAUCCCGGCUUCUACUACCAACAGGCAGCAUAUUACGCACAGGAGCGCAAGCAUCUUUCAGCUCUCCUAUGUAAUCACAAUCCCUCUUUGGCAUAUCCCAGUCCAGAUCCUAUGGAGACCCCUAAUGGAGCCCUGGAUUUCUAUGGACAGCGGGCAUGGAGGCAGGGAAUACUAAGCUUUGAUCUUUCUGAUCCGGAGAAGGAGAAGGCAGGGAUUCUUGCUCUGCAGCUUAAAGAAAGAGAAGUCGUUCACUCGGAGCUUAUUAUCAGCCUCCUGAGCAACGCUGUAGCUCAGUUUAAGAAAUACAAGUGUCCCCGAAUGAAGAGUCACUUAAUGGUGCAAAUGGGAGAAGAGUAUUACUUCGCUAAAGACUACACUAAAGCCUUGAAGUUGUUGGACUAUGUCAUGUGUGACUAUCGCAGUGAGAGGUGGUGGACGCUGCUCACUUCUAUAUUAACCACAGCCCUGAAAUGCGCUUAUCUCAUGGCACAACUAAAAGACUAUAUUACCUACUCACUGGAACUGCUUGGAAGAGCUUCAACAUUGAAAGAUGAUCAGAAGUCCAGGAUUGAGAAGAACCUGAUUAAUGUGUUAAUGAACGAGAGCCCUGAUCCAGAGCCGGAUUGUGAUGCCUCCAUGGUAAAAACAGCACAACGGCUGUGGGCAGACAGAGUUUCUCUGGCGGGUAGCAAUGUGUUUACCAUUGAGGUUCAGGACUUUGUACCAUUUGUGCAAUGCAAAGCCAAGUUCCUGGCCCCAUGUUUUCAUGUUGAUACUCCAGUUGAGCUGUAUGUUUAUCUGAAAACAGAUUGCCCACAUCCAAUCCGCUUCUCCAAGCUCUGUGUUGGAUUUAGUAACCAGGAAUAUAACCAGUUCUGUGUGGUGGAAGAGCAGUACCAAGCCAGCGAUAUACUGGAGCAGUCGGCACAGGGGACAAUGUGCCUAGUGCCAGGAAAGACCAGAAAAUUCUCAUUUAAAUUUGUAGCCAAAACCGAAGAUGUUGGAAAGAAAAUUGAGAUUACAUCAGUGGAUCUAAUCCUGGGGAGUGAAGCGGGCCGUUGUGUGAUCCUAAACUGGAGAGGGGGUGGAGGAGAUGCAGCCUCUGCUCAAGAGGCAGUGCAGGCGUCACGCUCUUUUAAGCGCAAACCGAAACUACCAGAAACUGAAGUACAUUGGGACAGUAUCACAAUCCAAGCCAAUACCAUGAUUAUUUCUAGAGUACCUAAAUUGUCUGUCCUGUUGCGUCAUGAGCCGCCUGCACUUAAUAAUGAAAUGUACUGCCUAAUGAUAACCAUACAAUCUCAGGAGGACACCGUCAUUAAGGAUGUAAAGCUGACUGCGGGACUUAAACCAGGGCAGGAUGCCAACCUGACACAGAAGACUCUGGUUGCGCUUCAGGGAGCAGAAAUGUGCGAUGACUCAAGCCCGGCUUUGCUCACUGACAUCCCCAUAGGAAACCUGCAGCCCGGAGAAAAGCUGGACAUGCCUCUGUAUAUCCGCUGCGGCACUGUAGGUACACGCGUUUUUCUGGUUUAUGUUUCAUACCUGAAAGACACAUCAGUGGAGGACAAGGAGGUUGUCUGCAGAUGUCACCGGGAUGAAACGGUUACCAUUGAGACCGUAUAUCCAUUUGAUGUUGCUGUGAAAUUUAUAUCCUUAAAGUUUGAACAUUUAGAUCGUGUUUAUGCUGAUAUACCCUUCUUGGUAAUGACGGAUAUCUUGAGCGCUUCCCCAUGGAGCCUCACCAUCCUGUCCAGCCAGCUACAACUCUCAUCAUCUGUCACACCUGUGGACCAACUGGAAUCCCAUGUGGAAAAUGUUGUCCUGCAGACUGGAGAGAGUGCCAGUGAAUGCUUCUGCCUCCAGUGUCCUCCUGUAGGAAACCCCCAGAAUGGCGUGGCCACUGGCAGCUAUAUUAUUUCUUGGAAGAGGAGCUCAGCUGGAGAAACUGUACCUGUUGUCAGCACUGUUGUAACACUACCACAUGUGAUGGUAGAAAGCAUCCCACUCCAUAUUAAAGCAGAUCUCCCAUCUUUUGGAAGAGUAAGAGAGUCUCUGCCAGUAAAGUAUCAUCUACAGAACAAGACAGGACUAGUUCAGGAUAUUGAAAUUGCAGUGGAGCCAAGUGACGCCUUCAUGUUUUCUGGACUCAAGCAAAUUCGGCUCCAAAUCCUCCCUGGCACUGAGCAGGAGAUGCUGUACAAUUUCUACCCACUAAUGGCCGGGUACCAGCAGCUGCCGUCUCUUAACAUCAGUCUUCUGAGGUUUCCAAACUACACCAGUCAUAUGCUGAAGCGUUUCCUACCCACUCAUAUUUUUGUGAAGCCACAAGGUCGUCGUGUGGACGAGGACUCCAUAGAGGCCGCAUAAGAAGACAAAUCCUGUGUUUUCUUCUGGCUCUGUUCAUCUCUGUUCUGCUUGUGGCCGAUAAUGUUUUCCUAAAGCUGAAAACUUUUUUUUUUUUUAUCGGAAUUUUGAGAAGUGCUUUUUUUUUAUAGGAUGCAUUUGAUAAUUUUGUUUAACAGUAUCAGGAUUUGGCCAAAGCACCUUCAGAACAAAUGUGACAGUCCGUCUAUGGUUCCGUAGAGUUCUGCACAAUACUGCUUGGCUAUCGGAGUCUUGUUAAUUAUUUUUCCAGUCAUCAACAGAGAGAGAGCUAGGCUUAGGUCAUGUACUCUAUGUACAUCUCAGUCCUAUCUUGGCAUUCAUAUAGACAUGCAGCAACCUAACAGUAUGUAUUUCAUUUUGUGGUGCCUGCCAAGCAGCCAGUCUUUCUAUGUAACCUCGG